AUGGAACAACCUACGUCGGGGAAUCGCGAGUCCCGGGCCCGGCCGAGAGAGCGGGACCCAGACCGGCACCCCCGCUCGGACCGAGACCACCACCCCGAGAGACAGCGGGACAGAGCCGGGGACCGGCGCAGGGAGAGAAACGGGGGCGGACGGAGGGACGGGGACCGGGACAGGGGGAGGGACCGGGAACCCCGCCAGGACAGACACAGGGCCGGGGACCAUCGUGGCGGUGAACAAAGAGUUUGGGAACAAUCCCGCCAGAGUCGGUCGCGGGACGGACCCCGGCAGCCGACCUGGGACGCGGCCCCGCCCCCCUGGCCCGCGCCUUCGAAAACCCCGGAGCCACCGCCCCUGCGGAAGGAGGGCCUGGGACGCCGAGGACCAGAAAGUGAGCCCACUUCAGGGAGAUAUCCGCUUUCGACCCCCAGGCCUGGACUUGAGGAAGUGGAAUAUUACCAGUCAGAGGCUGAAGGGCUCCUGGAAUGCCACAAGUGCAGAUACCUGUGCACCGGGAGAGCCUGCUGCCAAAUGCUGGAGGUUCUCCUGAACUUGCUGAUCCUGGCCUGCAGCUCUGUGUCUUACAGUUCCACAGGGGGCUACACGGGCAUCACCAGCCUGGGGGGCAUUUACUACUACCAGUACGGAGGGGCUUACAGUGGUUUCGAUGGUGCUGACGGGGAGAAAGCGCAGCAGCUGGACGUCCAGUUCUACCAGCUAAAGCUGCCCAUGGUCACCGUGGCUAUGGCCUGCAGCGGAGCCCUCAUGGCCUUCUGCUGCCUCCUCAUCGCCGUGGGCGUCCUGCGGGUCCCGUGGCAUUGCCCCCUAUGGCUGGUGAUCGAAGGCUUGUUGGACGUGCUCAUUGCCGGGGCUUACAUCCCAGCCUUGUACUUCUACUUCCACUACCUCUCAGCUGCCUACGCCUCUCCCGUGUGUAAGGAGAGGGAGGCGCUGUAUCAGAGGAAAGGAUACAGUGGCUUCAGCUGCAGUUUCCACGGGGGAGACAUAGGUGCUGGAAUCUUUGCUGCCCUGGGCAUUGGGGUCUUUGCCCUGGGGGCCGUGCUGGCCAUCAGGGGUUACCGAAAGGUUAGGAAGCUGAAAGAGAAGCCUGCGGAAAUGCUGGAGUUUUAG